AGAAUGGGUCCUGCAAAUGGCUCUUUGGUAACGGAAUUCAUUCUCCUGGGGUUAACAGAGCAGGCUGACCUCCAACUACCUCUGUUUUUCCUGUUUCUAGUAGUAUAUAUGGUCACUGUAUUGGGAAAUUUGGGACUGAUAAUUCUCAUUGGACUUAAUUCAAGCCUUCAUACCCCCAUGUAUUUUUUUCUCUUUAACUUGUCCUCUGUAGACCUCUGUUACUCUGCUGUGAUUACACCCCAAAUGUUGAUGAACUUCAUAGUGUGUAAGAAUGUUAUCUCUUACAUGGGUUGUAUGACCCAGCUCUACUUUUUUUGUUUUUUUGUAAUUUCAGAAUGCUAUAUGCUGACUUCAAUGGCCUAUGAUCGCUAUGUGGCCAUCUGCAAUCCAUUUUUCUAUAACACUGCCAUGUGUCCUAAGGUGUGUUCCUACCUUAUUCUUGCUUCAUACCUGAUGGCAUUUUCUGGUGCCAUGGCCCACACAGGAUGCAUCUUGAGACUGACUUUCUGUGAUAGAAACACUGUCAACCACUAUUUCUGUGAUCUUCAGCCUUUGCUCCAGCUCUCCUGCACCAGUACCUAUGACAGUCAGCUAGAGAUUUUCAUUGUAGCAGGAAAAGACAUCAUUGUGCCAAGUCUUAUAAUCUUCACCUCUUAUGGUUUCAUCCUUUCAAGCAUCUUUCAAAUAAGAUCCACUGAGGGCAGGUCCAAAGCCUUCAGCACCUGCAGUUCCCACAUAAUUGCUGUUUCUCUGUUCUUUGGAUCAGGAGCAUUUUCAUAUCUCAAACCCUCAUCAGCUGGGUCUAUGGAUGAAGGAAAGAUCUCUUCUGUCUUUUAUACCAUUGUGGUUCCCAUGAUGAACCCCUUAAUAUACAGCUUGAGGAACAAAGAUGUUAAAAUUGCCCUAAUAAAAACCCUGAGCAAGAGAAAGUUUUGA